UAAAAAUAAUUUAGAUAGGAGCUUAUUGAGCAACUAAGGUGAAUACACGACUUCUGAACAAAUAUUCUAUCAGUGGUCCACUCUCUAAACUUAGAUAUUUAAAUGGAAGACCUUUUGAACUGGAUAACUAGAACAAAGCCUUCGCGAAGUGUACCAGGUAUAGAUACGCACCCGAUACUUUCUAAGGCUCAAAUUAAAUACGAAAAUGAGAUGAUUAUGAAUGCGGAAGAACCCGAAGAGCUCAAACCACUAAUAAACAGAUGGUUGGUAGAGUAUCAGAAUCUUACGAAGUCAGAACUUACCAAAUUCAACCCGGCAACUCAAGAGGCGCUUAGAGCAAAAUAUAUUUUAGCUAGGAAAAUGCAUGAAACAUUAAAGGAACGUGCCAUCAGGCGAAAACAAGGACUGCCAAAUCCUAAACUGAAUAAAAAUCUUUCCGACUUCCCCGAAACACCAGAGCGGCCGAAAACACGCCAUAGUAUAAAUUCUAAUAUACAGCAAAAUGAGGAGAGACGAGAGCUUAAGGUAUUUGUGGAGAAAGCUUUCAGUGUCAUCAGCAACGCGAAAAAAAGAAAUACUUUAUUGGAGGAAAUAUUUGAUGAAAAGAAUGUGUCAAAUAAUGCAGACUCCUCUACAAGUGAACCAACUACGAAUAUGACGACUUCUAAUGGCGACUCACACACAAUGCAUGUUGAGCCAAGUACAAGCAGUUCCAGCUCAACAACAACACCUCUUCGUCGGUCAAGUAGAAGGAGCACGUCGCCUCGUGUCGGGAAUCCACAAAAGCGUGUGCUAAUAGAAGUGAGUGGAGAAACUAACACAGGACAACGGGGCAUAACAGUGCCUGUACGAAGAAGGACCGGCUUGCCCACUAUUGCCAACGGCGAUAUCUACACAGUGAUCGGUCCGAAUGGUACAAGAGUACCCAGCAAAAAAUUUAAAGAACUAUCUUUUACGGCAGCAGGUAUUACCACACCGCUGGAGGCGAAUUAACGAUUACCUGCACGGCACAACAGUAUUUUACUCACCUUUAGUACGACUUAUAAAAUUUCAUAUCCAUGAGAGAUUGACAACAAAUACACCACAGAGAGAACUCAAUAGAUACCAAGAAAAUACUAAUAUAAAAUCAUGGUUCCUACUAUAACUAAGGCUCAAAUAGCAGCUGAAAACGAGAUGAUUCGAAAUAUCAAGGAUCCCAGACAAAUGAGAGGAUUGAUAAACAGAUGGUUGGAGGAUUAUCCGAAGUUAGAGCUUGGAAAACUCAACGCAGCAGUUCAGGCGGCUAUUAUAGCAAAAUAUGAGGUAGCGGAGAGAAUGGCUGCUGUUUUAAAUCAGUAUGAGCUCUUGCACCCGGAAACAAACUUUGAUAAUGAUGAUGUAUCUUCAACAACCGACAGCGGUUAUUCGGCUUCUCCAAGCAGUCUCGCUUCCACAACACCGCCUCGCGUGUCAAGCAGUGCAGCAUCAUCAAGCAACCCUACUAGGCCUCGCGUGUCAAGCAGUGCUGGACCAAUUAGCCCAAUCAGCCCAAUUAGGCCAAUUGCAAGUAAUCCAACAUUCCCAACAACACCCACACGUUGGUCAAACAGCAAAAAAAUGGUGUCGCGUCGCAUUAUUUAUGAUAGCGUUACUACCAGAAGUAGUGUUAUCACGAAAAAUAAUCGUUCUCCUCAUGCGCGUUUACCAAAAUUUACCUCCUCAAUGCAGGCAACAACUUCAACACCCAUGCGAGUUCCAGCCUUGCCCCAAGCUACCAACAAUAUUGGCUAUACUGUGAUCGGUCCGAAUGGUACAAUAGUACUAACUACAGACUUCAAUACCUUAUCAUUCAGUUCGCCGGGCACGGCCACACGCAACUUGCUCUGUUUGGUAUUCUCGGAAGAGGUUCUGGCGAAAAAUACACUCACCGGCAAGCCCCCGUCAGCAAUUAGGAAACGUGGGCGUCCUCCUAAAGGUCUAUUGAAUCCGAACAAGGUUGCGGAUGUCAUACAUUGUAUUACAUCGCGCACAAAUUUCACCGAACACGACGUUCGCUGCACAAUUACCACAAAAUGCGCGGAUAGCGCAAAGACACUUAUACGACUCAGUAAGAUUUCUGAAUCGCAAAAUUAGAAGAAAUGAAGAAGAAGCAGGAAAAAAUUACUUUCAAAGAAAUUUAGUUGUGAAAUUGAUUGCUGCUUUAAUAUUUUUAUUAAAUGAGGAAGAAUAUGAUGUAAGAAGUAUAUUGCUACAGUUUAUAUAUAAUUUAUAUAUCUAAGUUAAAUUUUUAAGUUAUAAUUAUACUAUUUAUAAUUAAUGAAGUAAUAAACAAAGCAAAAUGAGGGGGAAGCAUGUAGAGAAUACUAUUAGCGAAAAUUAGUUCUACGCUUGAUUUAUAUAUAAUGACUUGUGAGUUAUAUAAGAUUUGUCUCUUGAUAUGAUAUUUUAUAUAUGGUAUUUUAUAUAUUUAUGUAACAUUUACUUACCCGAUAAUUACAUUAUUUAUAAUUAGUGAUUUUAUAAUUUAAGUUAUUACAAAAAUAAGAAGGAGUAAGGAAAACGAAGAAGAAUAACGGACAUAGGAGGACAAUUACUUUCAAGCAGGAUAAGUCUAAGCAGGAUUAGGUUCCAUAUUCCGAUAUGUGAGUUAUAUAUGAUUUAUGUUUAUUGUAGUAUUUGUAAGAGUAUUCUAUGUAAUUUAUGCUAUCUGCUGUAUAUUUU